UAUGAAAGCUACCAAAUAAAGUAUGCUCACGGAUCUGCAAAAACUCGGCUGGUUCAAAUACUACUUUAACUCCUAUCUAGAUUUUGGACCUGUAAUAAGGACAGCUGAUGCAGACAAAUUCAAAGUCAGCAUCAACAACCUCACUGCAAUCGGAGGAGGAGACAACCCAGAAUUGAGUUUGUCUGGACUGCAACUUGCCCUGACAGCAGCUCCACCCUCCUCUCAGAUUUUUGUCUUCACUGACGCUCCAGCCAAAGAUACUCAGCUGAAAGAAACAGUCACUGCUCUUAUAGAGACAACCAACUCUGUGGUAACCUUCCUGUUGACAGAUGUCCGUGCCAGACGACGAAGGGAUUCUCGGGGUCUGGCACCACGAGUACUAAGUGGAGGACAAACCCAGCUAUAUCGAGACUUAGCCCAAACCUCUGGGGGACAGGCCAUUGAAGUCCCCAAGUCAGGCCUCCCUCUGGCCACUGCAGUUAUAGAAGAUUUAACAGUCAGUGCUGUGGUGACAGUUUUCCAAGCAGCAAUUAAUCCUGGACGACCUGAAAAUUUGACUUUUACUGUUGAUGCAUUAAUAAACAACAUGAUCAUUUACAUCACCGGAGCCUCAUCUCUCACCUUCACACUGACCAGCUCCACGGGUGCAGUUCAAAGACACAUGUUGGACAUUAGUGUCAUUACUGCCAACAUUUCACAUACUUAUAUUUCCUCUUUCUCUCUUACUUUUUUGGAUUUUUUGCAUGUCUGUAAUCUGAAAGUGUUUCUUUUAGGUAGUUGGCUAAUUGUUUUAGCAGUAAACAGUCUCGUUCAAAUUGUAAAAAAUACGAAUAAAAAUACACAUUUUCUCAUCUUGUGCGUGACAUAUAUUACCAUCUUUAACAUGUUUUCAUGCCUUUCAGGAUUAUCUCAGACGUCAAGUCAGUUCAAUGGUCCUCUGGCAAACUUUACCACAGUGGGAAAUUUGCGCCGGAUAAUGCUCAUCACUGGCAAUCAAACAGGAUUGUGGAACAUAAGCAUUAACUCUAAUAUUGCCUACACUGUUAAGGUCACAGGUCAAAGUUCUGUGAACUUCAUUUAUGAGCUUGUGGACGUACAGGAGGGAGCCCACGGUGGUGUCAUUCCAAUAGAAGGUCGUCCUAUUGCAGGUGCUAAUGUCAGUCUCUUGGUCACUGUGACAGGAAGUGACAACGUGACAGUCACAGAGGCCACUCUGUUCAACAGCUUAGGGCUAACAGAGAUCAGUGGAUCAAUACAGUCAUUAGGAAAUAAUGACUUCCUGGUAAGAUUCAUUGCAGUCCCAGCAGGGGAAUUUGCAGUUCGCCUGACAGGACAAGACACCAGCUCCACCUCCAGGUCCAGGUCCACACUGAACACCUUCCAGAGACAAGCAUCCACACAAAUCAAGACAUCCAGUCUGUCUGUUACUGCUCAAGCUGGCAUCACCAUAGAACCAGGUUCUACCGCCUCCAUCCCUUUUACAGUAUCUUCAAGCACAACUGGGACAUUCACAGUGCGAGUCAACAAUGAUCGCAAUUAUAAUGCAACUUCACCUAGCUCUGUUGCUAUUGGAACAUCCAGUGAGGGUAAAGCCAAUGGCACCGUAACCUUAACCCCCCCAGCAAGCACUGUUUCAGGAACAGAUGUCACUCUUACCAUUGAGGUGCAAAAUGCCGCUACUACUGAAAUCAACUAUGCUGUCCUCAGAUUUUCUGUGGCUGCCAGGGUAACAGAUUUGUCCCGUCCAGUGUGUCAGGAAACCAAUGUAUCAGGUAACUGUAACUCUUCCUCAUCACCCUGUGCAAUCUCUUUUUGGAACUUCUCCACUGUUUUCACCGAUGGCAUCAAUGGGACUGGCAUUGCAAGCAUUACCCUCCGCCAAGGGAAUGGUACUCUUGACACCAGAACAGUGACUGGAGCUGGAGGUGAGAACAUCACUGUGGUUACUUACAAUAGUUCCUGCUGUUCACCGGCUGUGGAGCUGGCUGCUGUGGACAGAGUAGGAAAUGUGGGAACAUGUGGGGGACGGGCUACAGUGCUCACCUCAGCGGCACCAACGACUACAACAACGGUGACAACGACAACAACCCCCAAAACUACAACAACAACAACAACAACUACAAUUCCACCUGUAACUACAGUUACCCACAUGACGACAGCUCCUACUGUAAUUGUUGCUGCAACAUCUACCGCAGGGCACACACUGAGCAUGUCACACUGUGUCUGGAUCAGUGUUGCGGUUUCUCUCAUUUGGAAGUGAUGAUGUGUACAAAAAUCACAUUGUAUAUUUAUCAAGCACCUUAUGACAUGUUUUCUGUAAAUUCACCAUUUAUUUUACCAAACAGAUUUGGAAGUAAAGUCUUCAUCAUGUGUAUCUCUUCGUUUCUUGUUGAUAGAAAGUGAUAAGGUAGUCAGGUUAAUGUGGGUGUUUCCCUAGAAAACAGCUUUAAAACUCAUACUGAAUUCUGUGGAAAAUUCAUCAAUCAUCUCUCUUAAAAAUUUGCAGUCAAUGUCUUUUCCAUGAGUGGAAGUGUUUCGUGCCUAUCUUGUCCACUUAAAUUAGCAAUGUCUUAGUUUCUAAGAAUGUAUAUCAACAACCAACCGGAGAAUGUAAUACUGACCGAGUUGCUCCAUGCUAGGAAAAGUGUGUUAAAUUAUUAUUAGGUCUUUACACUUUCCUUGGGUAUUUCUAAUUUUCAUUUUAGUUUUUUUCUAUUUAAUUUUCCUUUUUAAAACUUUAUCAGUUGGUUAUAGAGGUGUGAAUUCACUGUAACAGAUUCUGAUUUUACAUGUAAACCAUAUUAUCAGCAUGUAAAAUAUGAUGUCUGUGAAAGGAUAAACUGUAAUUUCUUAUUCAACAAUGUAUCAGUAAUAAAAGCCCAAUGCAUGUUACACUCUA